ACCAGAACCAGAACCAGAACCAAGAGAGACAAAGCUCCCUGCUUUGCUCUUCUCCUACAAAGACCCGAGAGAGGCGACGACCACGACCUCUCCUUCUCUUCUUCCCCCACCUCCACCUCCACCCACCUUCUUCCCCUCUCCCCCGAUGCCCAAUCGCCGCCGGAAGCGCGGCGCCGACGACGGCGAGGACGAGAGCAAGAGGGAUUUGGAUUUGCGCAUCACAAACAUCCUUGCGGAGUACCACGCGCCGCGCCCCGGCCGCCGCCCGCUCCCCCUCCUCGAGCUCAACGCCCGGGUCCCUGCCCGGGAGGAGGAGGACGAGGAGGAUGGGGAGGCUGAGGUGGUCUCCCCGCUCACGGCCCCGGCCCCGGCCCUGCCUGUGGUGGUGCUCGACGGCCGGCCCUCUAAGCGCCGGGUCGUCGCCGGCGGAGGAGGAGGAGGCGACGAGGCCUCGCCGUACCAGCGCCGGCUAUGGGUCAAGGACCGUUCCAGCGAGUGGUGGGAGCUGCGGAGCAGCCCGGGGUACCCGGAGGCGGAGUUCUUGCGGGAGUUCCGGAUGGGCCGCGCCACGUUCGGCAUGGUCUGCGACGCGCUCGGCGCCGCCGUCGCCAAGGAGGACACGGCGCUCCGCGCCGCCAUCCCCGUCCGCCAGCGCGUGGCCGUCUGCGUCUGGCGCCUCGCCACGGGGGAGCCGCUCCGGCUCGUCUCCAAGCGCUUCGGCAUCGGCAUCUCCACCUGCCACAAGCUCGUCCUCGAGGUCUGCGCCGCCAUCCGCUCCAUCCUCAUGCCGCGCUUCCUCCGCUGGCCGGACCGCGGCUCCGCCGCCGCCGCCGCCGUCAAGGCCAGCUUCGAGGCCAGGUCGGGCGUGCCCGACGUGGUGGGCGCCAUGUACACCACCCACAUCCCCAUCAUCGCGCCCAAGGUGCACGUCGCCUCCUACUUCAACCGCCGGCACACGGAGCGCAACCAGAAGACGUCCUACUCCAUCACGCUGCAGGGGGUGGUCGGCCCCGACGGCGCCUUCACCGACGUCUGCAUCGGCUGGCCGGGCUCGCUGUCCGACGACCAGGUGCUCGACAAGUCGGCGCUGCAGCAGCGCGCCGCCGCCGGGAUGAUGGACGGCUCCUGGGUCGUCGGCGGCGCAAGCUACCCGCUCACCGGCUGGUGCCUCGUGCCCUACACCCACCAGAACCUCACCUGGACGCAGCACGCCUUCAACGAGAAGGUGGGCGAGCUCCGGCAGGUGGCCGUGGACGCCUUCUCCCGGCUCAAGAGCCGGUGGGCGUGCCUGCAGAAGCGCACGGAGGUGAAGCUCCAGGACCUGCCGGUGGUGCUCGGCGCCUGCUGCGUGCUGCACAACAUCUGCGAGGCCAGAGGGGAGGCCAUGACGCCGGAGCUCCGGGUGGAGGUCCAGGACGACCUGCCCGUGCUGGACAACCCCGUGCGCUCCGCCGACGCCGCCAAGGCCAGGGACAAGAUGGCGCACAACCUCCUCCACCGUGGCCUCGCCGGCACCGCCUUCUUCUAGUUUGCCGAUCCUUCCUUCUACCAUUCCAUUCCAUUCCAUGAUCCAGACUCUGUCAAAGAAUCAAAUUUUCAGUUGCUCAAUAGGAGGGCCGUAGUUAACAAGUAUCCCAGGAAAGUAAGAAAGAAAGAAAGAAAGAUUUUUUCACACCAUGUCAAAGAAACAAUUGUUUGGUUUCAUUCUUCAGUUCAUCUACUCUACUACUAUAUUUGAUUGUAUAUACUACUAGGAGUACAUUUUUGGACUUGGUUGGGCAAACAAUGAAGCAAAUGUCUCUGCUUUGCUAUGCAA